AUGUUGUUCUUGCUGUGCCUCAUCAGUGCGAAAGCCUUUCGCCGCAACGAGUUGGUCACAGUCAGCACGCUCUAUUGGUACAUCGUCCUUUUCGUCGCGACAUUCAUUUUCGUCAGGCCUCUGAUCAUUCUCAGCUACACAUACUCGGAGAACAACCACUCCGGAACGAUGGGGAUGUGA